UUUGGGACGUACCCCGGGCGGAAGCGAGGUGCCCUGCACCCCCAGGUGAUCAUGUUCCCGUGCCCAGCCUGCCAGGGCGAUGUGGAUCUGGGGGAGCGGGGCCUGGCAGGGCUGUUCCGGAACCUGACCCUCGAGCGCGUGGUAGAGCGGUACCGCCAGAGCGUGAGUGUGGGCGGCGCCAUCCUGUGCCAGCUGUGCAAGCCCCCGCCACUAGAGGCCACCAAGGGCUGCACCGAGUGCCGAGCCACCUUUUGCAACGAGUGCUUCAAGCUCUUCCACCCCUGGGGCACCCAGAAGGCCCAGCACGAGCCCACGCUGCCCACCCUCUCCUUCCGCCCCAAGGGCCUGAUGUGCCCAGACCACAAGGAAGAGGUGACCCAUUACUGCAAGACGUGCCAGCGGCUGGUGUGCCAGCUCUGCCGGGUGAGGCGCACCCACGGUGGGCACAAGAUCACACCGGUGCUCAGCGCCUACCAGGCCCUCAAGGACAAGCUGACAAAGAGCCUGACAUACAUCCUGGGAAACCAGGACACGGUACAGACCCAGAUCUGUGAGCUGGAGGAGACCGUGAGGCACACUGAGGUGAGUGGCCAGCAGGCCAAGGAGGAGGUGUCCCAGCUGGUGCGGGGGCUGGGGGCUGUGCUGGAGGAGAAGCGGGCAUCGCUGCUCCAGGCCAUUGAGGAGUGCCAGCAGGAGCGCCUGGCCCGUCUCGGCGCCCAGAUCCAGGAGCACCGGAGCCUACUGGAUGGCUCAGGCCUGGUGGGCUAUGCCCAGGAGGUUCUUAAGGAAACAGACCAGCCCUGCUUUGUGCAAGCAGCCAAGCAGCUGCACAACAGGAUUGCCCGGGCCACGGAGGCCCUGCAGACCUUCCGGCCGGCCGCCAGCUCCUCCUUCCGACACUGUCAGCUGGACGUGGGGCGUGAGAUGAAGCUGCUGACAGAGCUUAACUUCCUGCGAGGUAAGGAGGCCUUCAACAACCUGGAGAAUCUGGUCUUUGGCAAAGGAUUCCAAGCCAAGAUCUUCCCCGAGAUUCUUCUCUGCCUCCUGUUGGCUCUCUUUGCAUCCGGCCUCAUUCACCGUGUCUGUGUCACCACCUGCUUCAUUUUCUCCAUGGUUGGCCUGUACUACAUCAACAAGAUCUCCUCCACGCUGUACCAGGCAACAGCUCCAGUCCUCGCCCCGGCCAAGGUCACGGGGAAGGGCAAAAAGAGAAACUGACCCUGCGUGUCCAAUAAAGUUGAUUCUUUGUAGUUCUGUGAGCCGUGAUCCACCGCGAGCCUCUCGUGCCAUCCCCGCACACGCGGGCUGCCGUGGCAGGCCGAUACCCGUGCUCUCCAGCCAUGGGGGUGGCGGGGCUUCUUCCUCUAAGGUUCCUUUUUAGCGGGUGUUUAUCGAGCACCGUCCGCGCCAAACGCUUUGCGAGGCGCUGGAGCGGCGCGUGCUCGUGCGAAAGUCUCCUCGUGGAAGUGAAGUGCACGAGUGACCCGCUGUGUUGACCUGUCGGGAGAGGGGUCGGGGUUUGAGCGCAGGAAGCCUUCCUGGCCCGUCAGGACGGGACUAGAUCUUGGAACGGGAACGAGGGAAGGAAAGGCCCCUCGCCCCUGCGACACCUCUGGGGGCUUCGUUACUCUGACUACCCACCCUGAGCAAACAGGGCCCCUGCCCCUCCUCCAAGUCCUCAGAAGGGAAUUCUCUACCGAUGUUGUCCUCCCGGCCCCGUCUGUGAAAUGCCAGUGUGGACGUUUGUCCGUGUUUGGAGACUCCUGAGGUUGAUCACCGCCCAUCCUCUUUGUCCCGGUGCCUUCAUUUCUCUCCUGUCUUGCAGCCGAGGUAGGAACGUGCUGUGCUUUAGCAAAGUA